AAGACUAAUUAAUUGAAAAACGUUAUUCGGUCAAUCGGACCACGAACUCUAAUGGAAGUAAGAGUAACUUUUGGAAUCAAGGAAUAGAGAUGCUCCAUCCACUUCAGGGAGGAAUAAGGGUACUUCAGGUCAUCCUCCGGCAUGCAAUACCGCAUCGUCCACACUAUUCAUGAAGGUUGUCAGGGGCCUGGAUGUCGCCCUGGUAUAGAACCUUGGGUGCACAACGGAUCUGUGAGAGGAAUAAAACCCCAAAAGACACAGCAAUCCUAACAGCAAAGACUGCGGCUCACGUUGCUGGACGGCAUCGUGAGGUACUACAGGGAACAAAACAUGGAAUUAGUGAUGGGAUGUGUUGCAAAUGCUCACCAUAUUAUGUGGGGAAGUACGGACAUCAAGAACCGAGGCACGAAGUCUUACACCUGACCAUUAUUUCCCAAGGGAAUGAUGAAAACAUCUUAAACAGGAAUGUAUCCAGGGAACCAUCAAAUUCUGAUCAUAGGCACAUAAGAUUUGAUUUGAACACUCCCUCUCUCAUAGAAACAACGUACAGGACCCCAGGUACACCAAUUGGAUAAGGGACAAAAGAAAACAGGGUUGAACAAGGAAUUGAGAGAUUGGGAGGGCCUAGAAAUUUCUGUGAUGGAGGUCACCAAUGCGCUCCUACAACGAAAACUGCACAGAAAAAAUAAGGAUAAAUAAACAUAAAACAGUCUGGUGGAACAAAUACCUGAUGCUUGUCAACAAGAAAUUACCUUCACCUUGUUACCAUGCUCUAUAAUUUUUAAAAAACUGUUAUGUGAGGUACGCCAUUGCGUUUUCUUUUCCUCACCAUGUUCUUAGAAGGUACACGUACCUAAUUUCAAGUCAAAAGUAAGACAGUCAGGAAAAAUCGUGUUGCUGAAAUGCCAGUUUUACCAAGUUUCAAGAACUUCUUUGGUUGUUUAUCGAAGGGAAAACAUCUAGCAAUUUUGUACGCUACCACCUGCCGUUAGGAAAGCUCAAUCUGUUGGCCUUGAAAUCGUGCGACGCCAGGGGGAUUCUCAACGUGUUAUUUGGUGCAGUACUUCACGUUAAUAGCUAACCGGCAGACAAGUCGCGAAGGGAUGCCUCAUUAAACAGUCGUGCCCGGUUCCGGGAGAAUGUGCGGGUGGCCAACCCCCUCGAGCUACCGAUCCUCAGCUCAGAUUGAGACUGAACUGUUAAAAUUGGAUUAGGAGAAAUUCAAAUAGACCUCGACUGACCGGCUUAGAAAAUCGCCGAAAACCCUUAUCAGAUAGCUUGCUAUGUAGAGCUUGUCAAUGAAAUACCGGGAGAGAGUUUUUUUUCUACACGGAAAACAGUAGAUGUUUGUGGACGGAUAUCUACCUGGCAAACCACCAUUUGGCUUAUUAAUGGUUUUAUAUAAUAAUGUAAUACACAGCAAUCAGAUCAGAAACA